AUGUAGGGUUCUAUUGGAAUAGGACGCUUCAGGGAUACGACAGCAGCAUGGGAGAGUUUGAUGCUCUGGGCGAUGAUCUAGUGCUCGACAUCUUGUCUCGCCUCAAGCCAGCAGAUAUAAUCCUUAAAGCCGGGCGCGUCUGCAAGCAAUGGCGUCGCCUUGCACGCUCGCAGGAGCUCAGGGAGCUUGUGGCUCGCAGGACCGCUGGAGAUCCAGAUCCAGAUCCAGAGCCGUGGUUUGUGCUACAGCGUGGCCACCGCUUGCUCUUGUAUCCUUCACUGGAAGCUCUUUUCACCAAUCAGGGCUGGGGUGAGCUUGAUCAUGGCUCCUUCUCCGUCGGUCCGCCGGGACACAGGUUUAUUCUCCUGGCGUGCGCGCUGGGGCUUGUGUGUGGGAGGCUGGAGGAUCUGGACGAGGCUGGCGGCGAGGCCAUGACUUUAGCUGUUGGAAAUCCACUGACGAAUGCGUGGAGAUUUCUUCCCCGGAUUCAUGUCAAGGAGAAGCCGCGCAGAUACUUUAUUAGGGUCAAGAGAUCGGGGCAUUACCAUGUGAUGUUGGAAUUUGAGGGGUUCGGCCUGGAUUAUCAUUCAAAGUCGAAGGAUUGGGAAGCUUGUCCUCGUCGUGCAAAGCGAAGGAAGCUAUCCUUUAUUGGGUCGAGGAAAGACGGGCUUGAAGACAGGCUUGAAGGCAGGUUUGCAUUGCGAGUGAGGAGACGCUCAAGGAGCAGAUUGAAUAUCUGCUUGGGGGAUGACGGAUAUAUGAUUUAUUACUGGGGUCUAAUUGGCGAGAAAAUGAUUUUUAUGGAGGAAGUAAGCGACAUAACCUUUGCGUUCGUUCCUUCGUUAGCAGUGCCAUGACACAGAUUUAUAUCCGACCAUUGUUUAAAAAAAACGAAAAAGAAGGAAUGAGGAGAUGUAGCUAUGCUUUCCGAUGAAUUUGUGAGUAGCGUUGUUGACGCUUGGCCGCACAAGAUCGGAUGGUGGCGUCAACUUGAUAACCAAAGAGCAGAAGUCGAGUUGGCAAUGUUAGAGGAUGAAUAAUCCCACAUAUCUGCCUAUGGUUUACAAGAGAAAUUUUUUAAAGAAGAACAGAGUUUCUA